UAUCGGACGAACAUUGUCGCAUGCAGAAUUAUGACAAUUCUAUGCUUUUUUUUGCUUAUUUUCAUUAUGCAAAAUUGAGAAUAUCUCUGGCGAAAUCACUGAUAUGAUUAUUAUUGUAUUGAAAAUUAAUGCCGUGGAGAAAAUCAAUAUGCAUAAGCCGAAGCACCUAAUGCGUGUUCUCGUACGGCUAUAAAAAAGACAGCAAACGUGUUAUUUAAUAAUGUAAGCGCAACACAACAAGUGAGUGCGCGUAUUACAACAAAUUGCAAACAUAAAAAGCAUAGACCUCUGAAUGAGAAGUGAAAUUUGCAUAAUAAGCAUCACAAUAUUGGGCAAAGAGAUCCUCGAAACUUGAGGAAAGAACUUGAGCACUACGAAAGAUGCAUUCUUCGUCGGCGGCGGCGUCGGCGUCGUCGUCGAAUGCGCUUGUGGAAUACUCGGAUGUGAGUUCUGAGGAUUUCUCCGAUCCCGAGGCUGGUGAAAUCGACUCCGAUGCGGCAUUAGCAGGCCGCGGCGGUUCGGCAACGAAAUCAGCAAAUCAAACUAAAAAACCAACUUCGGAUUCCGUCUUACGUAUCACAAAAACCAAUGACUACAGGAAGAGACGUAUCGAAGGCAAUGAAGACAUUGCUUCAAUUACGACAGCUGCUGAGUCGAGAUCGCGCAUUUCUGUUGUUGCAAGCGGCAGCAAUCGAUUAAGCAUUGCAUCAGUCUCUGAGAAACUCAAUCAUCAUCGCUCCGACAUCUCUUUAAGCUCGCCCAGCAAAAUUUCAAAAGAGGAACAGUGGGAUGGGGAACUGUACAUGUCUAGCGAUUCGAUAGAUACUGAUGAGCUUGAAGCUGAAAUGAAACGGCAGAAACGUAAAAAGCUGAAGAAGGAUAAGCACAAACACAAGUCGAAAAAGAAAUCGAAGAAGCGCAAGAAAAAGCGUGCCAAAUCAUACUCGAGCAUCGAUUCGCUGUCCGACAGCAACCUGAACACAUUAAUGGCAGAUAGACGUAGUCGCUAUACGCCACCAACGGCACCAAAUAGUCGAGCCAAGAGUGCCGAGCGCACAGUUAGCGCUGCCCUGCCCAAUUAUACGCCACACAAAGACAGUCAAAGUAGUCCCAUAUCAGCUGGCACUCCGCCUGCCCGACGCCCCAACAGCAAUAAUGCUUAUUAUGGCGAUGCUGCUGUGGCGGCUGCUGCGACGGCAAGUACACCCAUUGGGAGCAGCCUUCAAGUGACUGUAACGAACAAAACCAAUGCAAAUAGUCGUCAUCGUUCGCCUCCAAUACGCGCUGGUGGCGGCGGGGGCGGAGGAGCUAUGCAGCGCUAUGCCUCGUCGCCACGCACUCCGCCACAGUCACUAAGUCAUUCUCAUCAGGGCGCAGGAAGUGCACGUGACUCGCGCAGCUCUCGCUAUGUUCAAAGUCCUUUAAAGGAAGACAUUAAUGCUCAUCACCGGUCGUCAGGUAAUACGUAUUCAGGUCGCUACUCGGCAAGUGGAUCAGUUGCUGGGCAAGGCGGUAAACUCAAGCGCUUGUCACCGGAAAUGGACCGCUAUCACCAUCAGCCGAGCACGCCACCGCACAAACGACGAAAGUUCAGCGAUGGACGUGAUGCAUCUGUGGGAGCUUACGAACAUAGCAGGCACCAUGCUGUUAAAUAUGAUCGCUACAGCAGAGAUCGCUAUUCGCGUCGGAUAUCUAAGAGUCCUAGUGUACAUCGAUUAUCGCGUGGUCGUCUAUCGCCAAGUGGAGGAGGAGCCACAUCGGGGAGCAGUAAUUCAAAUAUGUAUCGCCAUAGUAAUAGCAGUAGUCAUAAACACAGCAAAUAUGGAGCUCCUCAUUCUCCUUCACCUCCAAUGUCAGCGCGAUCGUCUUCCAAACGCGCCUCUGGCAGCGGCAUUGGCAUUUCCGUCGAACGCUACGCAUCGCGUUCACCACGCCCCAGCUCACGGUACUAUGAAUCAUCGCCACCAUCACCUGCUGGUGUAUCGGGGUCGAGCUCUCACCACCAUCGACGCUCACCAAGGUCCCAUCAGCAGCAUCAUCGAAACAGCAGCCGCAAACGUUCUCCAAGCUCGGGAAGCAGUCGAAGCUCAAGCCCACGCUCAAGAUCGCCAACAUCGAGAGAUCUUAAGCAUAAACGCGAUGAAUACAUAAAGAAGAUCAGCGAAACAAGCUUGUUUGCUGAAUUGGUCAAGGAUCGCCAUAAGCGGCAAAAGGCGCUUAAAGAGAUUAUUGAACGACAGGAGGAGAAUAGCAACAGCAAUGGUGCACUGACCAUCAAUGAGAACAGCUCAUCAGUCGAUGGCAACACGCCCAAUGUGGGUGACAAUCGCUCAUCAUCAUAUUUGGCGACACAAUCCUCAGCGAAUGCGACACCAAAUGGCAUCGCUAGCGGUGGUGGAGGUGGCGGUAAAACUGAUUUGGACUUGAACAACAUUCCAAUGCCCAACCGAGAGAAUGAGACACUACUAAAGCUUAAUCCCCAUAUUGCAAAUGCAGAUGUCACGGAUGCCUCUCCAACGACAACAACAACAUCGACAAUGACAAUGGCCCUGAAAACGAACGCAAGUCAGAAACCGAAGAGUCUAACAGCGUUGCCCAUGCCACCCGGAAUGAGUGCAGCCGACUUGGUGAAUGCAGCACACACGCCGUCGCCAACGGAUUUGGGCAAGCAAGCGACGCCAAAGUCGAUGAAAAAGUUGUCGUCCGAUGAAAAGAAUCUUACAGCGAAUGCCAAUGCCAACAAGAGCCUUUUGAAUUUGCCAAUGCCACCGGUUAUACCGGGCAGCGAGGAAUUGAGUGGCGAUGAUGAUGUCAUAGACAGUCCUGAAGACUUCGAUACGCCCAGUGGCAACAGCACGAAUCCCAAUGCGAACACAAAUGCAACGCAAGCAGGUGGACGUCGCCGUCCCGUUAUACUUAAUCGUCGCGACUCUCGUAACAAUGUUCGCGAUUGGGGUGAACGAUGUGUAGAUGUGUUUGAGGUGAUCGCCCAGAUUGGAGAGGGUACAUAUGGACAGGUGUACAAGGCGCGAGAUCAUCAUACAAACGAUAUGGUGGCACUGAAAAAAGUGCGUCUGGAGCAUGAAAAGGAAGGUUUCCCCAUAACGGCUGUGCGCGAAAUCAAAAUACUUAGACAACUAAAUCAUCGUAACAUUGUGAAUUUGCAUGAGAUCGUAACGGACAAACAAGAUGCUGUUGAGUUUCGCAAGGAUAAGGGAUCGUUUUACUUGGUUUUUGAGUACAUGGAUCACGAUCUCAUGGGUCUGCUCGAGUCUGGAAUGGUAGACUUUAACGAGGAGAACAAUGCGAGCAUUAUGAAACAGCUAUUGGACGGUCUUAAUUACUGCCACAAAAAGAAUUUUCUUCAUCGCGAUAUUAAAUGUUCCAAUAUCCUGAUGAACAACCAGGGCAAAGUAAAACUGGCUGAUUUCGGCUUGGCUCGUUUGUACAACGCGGACGAUCGAGAACGUCCUUAUACGAACAAAGUCAUAACGCUUUGGUAUCGUCCACCGGAGUUGCUGCUCGGCGAGGAGCGUUAUGGGCCGUCGAUAGACGUUUGGUCUUGUGGUUGCAUAUUGGGUGAAUUGUUUCUAAAGCGUCCGCUGUUUCAAGCAAAUGCGGAAAUGGCGCAACUGGAAACUAUAUCGAAAAUAUGUGGUUCACCAAUUCCUGCUGUUUGGCCUAAUGUAAUAAAGUUACCCCUAUUUCAUACACUUAAGCAGAAGAAAACGCAUCGGCGACGCUUGCGAGAAGAUUUUGAAUUUAUGCCAGCGUCGGCUCUUGACCUGCUUGACAAAAUGCUAGACUUGGAUCCGGACAAACGCAUUACUGCGGAGGAUGCACUCCGGUCUCCAUGGCUCAAGAAUAUCAAUCCGGAUGAAAUGCCAACGCCACAAUUGCCCACUUGGCAGGACUGCCAUGAACUGUGGAGCAAGAAGAGGCGUCGCCAGCUGCGCGAACAACAAGAGUCGCUGCCACCAGGUGUAAUUUGCUCUGCCAAGUACCAACAACACGGUGCUACGAUGGUGGGGGAUGCCUAGCAUUUACUAUAUGCUUCAUGCUUCAAUGAAGGGGAAGACUAUAAACAGCGAGAGGUGGAGUAUGCCUGGUGGCAAAGUUAAUAUCGAAGUUUGUAACGAAAUUACAAAUAGUUCGCAGUUGGCAGUUUGGCAGGUGCAGACUCAAAUCGGGUUGACAUGCUCUACCAAAGCACUCUUAUUGUUUAAGUCAUCUCUUAAAAGAAAAAAACAACACGAUUAACUUAGAUCAUACUUAUAUAUAUAUACAUAUAUAUAUAAAUAUAUUAGUGAUGAAUUGCUACAAUACGGGCAUUUCAAAUUGACCGCUGUAUAAUAUUGUAAAAUGUAUAUACCAUUUGCUGCUAUAUUCAAAACAAUUAAUAUAUUAAAGCAUCAUCUGUUCAUUAUUUUUUAUGUUUAGAGUAAUAUUUUACAAUCCACAAUCUUACGUACGCAAAUUGGCAAUAAAAAAAGAGCAUGAGAAAUAACACACUUAACCAAUGUGUACCAAAUUUAA